AUGUGGAACAGAUGCAGAUGGGAGCAGGUUGCCCGCGGCUCGAUGGCGAGGCUUUGCUGUGGAGCGACCAGGCCCAAAGCCGAUUUGACGCCUCCUGCGACGGCCUGCGUGUGGAGCGUGGAUGUUGGCCAGUACCGGCAGCUGCAAGAGAAGGCCUACCUCAAUGAGACGGGCAGCGAAGCAUGGCGCCUUUACGCCCUGCUGCUGGUGUAUCCCUUGGCCAGCAUCGCCCAGCAUAGCUACACCGGUCUGGUGCAGCGCCUCGUGGCCCGAAAUGCGGCGCUGCGCGGGGCCGCGCUGGACGCCGCCCUGUGCCUACUGCCUUUGGCGGCGACCUUCGCCACGGCUUCGACGAGGACGUUCUGGCUCUUCGCAUUCUCCGCGUUCUCCAUGCUUUCUUCGUCGCCGUCACCCGAGGAGAAAGAGCAUCGCGGAGAAGCCUCCGGCGAAGCCUCCGGUGAAGCUCGGGACUUCUCCAUGCUCCAAGGUCGCUUCCGCUUCGUGGCCGAAUACCGCGCCCUUGUGAUGAUCUCCACCUGCGUCGUCAUCCUGGCGGUGGACUUCCCAUCGCUUUUCCCCCGAGAACAUGCCAAGACCGAAACGUUCGGCUACGCUUUGAUGGAUCUUGGAACUGGCUGCAUAGUCGUCGCCUCAGCAGUUUCCGGGUCGCGGCGCAAGGGUGGAGUUCGAGUUCUCGGAGUCCUCUUCAAGCUUUGGCCGGUGCUUCUAUUGGGAAGUGUACGCGCCGCAUUGCUCUGGGGCAUUGACUAUCAUGUGCAAGUUUCCGAGUAUGGUGUCCAUUGGAACUUCUUCUUUACGAUUGCAGCGGUCGCGCUGGCAUCCAGCCUUCUGGACCUCCGGGCGGGAGAAUCCCCGGCUGCCGGAGCUUUGCUGGCCACACUUUACCAGCUCUACUUGAGCACUGGCGGAGGUGCCGACUUUAUACUGUUGGCACCUCGUCGCGGACUUUUCUCCGCGAACCGUGAGGGAAUCCUGGGCUGCGCCGGCUACCUUAGCCUCCACUGGCUGGGUUCGGGCAUCGGCGCCCUGCUGAGGGCCUUCUCUCCCAAGCUGACGGUGCUUUUGCUCUUAGCUGUUUCCUCUUUGAGCGCCUUGACUACGCACUUCCUGGGUUUGGCUGGCAUUGCGGUGUCACGGCGUAUGUGCAACCUUCCCUAUGUUCUCCACGUCAUCUCUCUGAGCACCUGGGUACUGGCGCUGCUGGCCCUCGCAGACCUCGCCGCCAGCCACCCGAGGCCGCCCAUCUCGCUGACUCUGGCAGCCGUUUCCGACUCCAUGCUGGCCGUGUUCUUGCUGGCGAACUUGCUCACCGGGGUAGCAAACUUGGCCCUGCAGCCGCUGCUCGUGCCGGCCGGCUCGGCCUUCUUCACCCUCUGCUUCUAUUGUCUCCUUUGGUCCAUGCCUUGCGCUGCGCUCCGGGCGAAGGGCCGCGCCUUGAAGUUCUGGUGA